AUGGGUAAGACGAGCAAAGUUGUAGUAUGUGGGAUGAAAGGGGUUGGCAAAACUGCGAUCUUAGAACAGCUGAUAUAUGGAAACGUGAAUCUGAAGUCUUGCUUCUAUCCAACUAUUGAGGAUAUUUAUGUUGCGAACAUAGAAACCGACAGGGGGACAAAGGAACGUGUUUGCUUUUACGACACUGCGGGGCUGGAGCCGCCGCUAACAGGCGAGUUAAAAGGUCCGCCACAAUCUCCUACAAUGCAGCUUACGGCCAAUCAGGUGUUACAGCGACACUAUCUCGGCUUUGCUGAGGGUUUUGUUAUGGUUUAUGAUACCACAAGGCCUGAGUCGCUCGAUGUUCUUAUGUACUUAAAGAAGGAUAUUGAUAGGAAUAAGGACAAAAAAGAGGUAGUCAUGUUAGUAAUUGGAAAUAGAACAGGUCCAGAUGACGUUAACAGCCUUGAGAAUACUUGUUCAAAGGCCUCUAAUUGGUGCGCCCGGGAGAAGAUCCGACAUUUUGAAGUUUCUGCUAUGGAUCGUCCUUCUUUGUACGAACCUUUUAUAUUUAUGACGUCUCGUUUAAAUCCAGUCCAAAAUAAAACUACUUUUCCUCAGCUAAGCACGUUGAGCAAACUUACACAGAAAAAUAAUAAGAGUGAAGCCAUGUAA